UGUGUCUAUCUAUUUGCAGCAGUCUAGCUGGCAGUUAGGUUCCCCUCGCCCCAGCAACUCGGCUCGCUCCAAAGGAGCGGUUGCACCGAAGCCCAGCACCAAGACGCACGCAUCGCCAGCUCUGCAAGGGAUGGAGCAGACGGAGGUGUUAAAGCCGCGAACACUGGCCGACCUGAUCCGCAUCCUGCACCAGCUCUUCGCUGGGGAUGAGGUCAAUGUGGAAGAGGUGCAGGCCGUCAUGGAAGCCUAUGAGAGUAAGCCCUCCGAGUGGGCAGCGUACGCCAAGUUCGACCAGUUCAGGUAUACCCGGAAUCUUGUGGAUCAAGGAAAUGGAAAAUUUAAUUUAAUGAUUCUGUGUUGGGGUGAAGGACAUGGCAGCAGUAUCCAUGAUCAUACCGACUCUCACUGCUUUCUGAAGAUGCUCCAGGGAAAUCUAAAGGAGACACUAUUUGCCUGGCCUGAUAAAAAGUCCAAUGAGAUGGCCAAGAAGUCUGAAAGAAUCUUGAGGGAAAACCAGUGUGCUUACAUCAAUGAUUCCAUUGGCUUACACCGGGUAGAGAACAUGAGCCACACAGAGCCUGCUGUGAGCCUUCACCUGUACAUCCCACCUUUUGAUACGUGUUACGCUUUUGACCAAAGAACGGGACAUAAAAACAAAGUCACCAUGACAUUUCAUAGCAAAUUUGGAAUCAGGACUCCAUUUACAACUUUGGGUUCAUUGGAGAAUAACUGA